GGGCGGCGGCGCAGACGCUGCCGGGAUGGACGGGAGUUUCGAGGCGUGCGCCGAGGCCGCGCGCUGGCUGCAGGCGCAGUUCCGGGAGCAGCCGCGGGUGGCGCUGGUGUGCGGCUCGGGGCUGGGGGCGCUGGCGCAGGACGUGAGCGAGGCGCAGAGCUUCGACUACCGCGACAUCCCGCACUUCCCCCGCAGCACCGUGCCGGGCCACGCCGGGCGAUUGGUCGUCGGCCGGCUGGGCUCCGCCCCCUGCGCCAUCCUGCAGGGCCGGUUCCACCUGUACGAGGGGUACAGCUCCACCCAGCUCGUGAUCCCGGUUCGGACGCUCGCCCUGCUGGGCGUGCACACCCUGGUGCUGACCAACGCCGCCGGCUCGCUCCGGCCGGGGCUGGAGCCCGGCCACCUCCUGGUCAUCCGCGACCACAUCGACCUGCCCGGCCUGGCCGGACGCUCGCCCCUCGUGGGGGCCAACGAUGACCGGUUCGGGCCGCGGUUCCCGUCCAUGCUGGACGCCUACGACCCGGCGCUGCGGCGCCUGGCGCUGGCGCUGGCGCCCAAGGAGCUGCGGGCGCGCUCCGGGGUCUACGUGGGCGUGGGGGGCCCCAGCUACGAGACCCCCGCCGAGUGCCGGUACCUGCGGCGCGUCGGCGCCGACGCCGUCGGUAUGAGCACGGUGUCAGAGGCGUCGGCCGCGCGGCACCUGGGGCUGCGCGUGCUGGGGCUGUCGCUCAUCACCAACAUCGCGCCCGCCGACGAGCUGGACGAUGACGACGACGACGCCGAGGCCGAGGCCGAGGCCGCCGCCGCCGCCGCGGCGCACUCGGGGCACGAGGAGGUGCUGGCGGCGGCGCAGGAGGGCGCGCGGCACCUGCGGGCGCUGCUGCUGGCCCUGGCGCCGCAGCUGGACCAGCCCGGGCGGCGCCGCGCCGGGCCCGAGGCGCCGUGA